AUGGCUAUUGAGAUUGAGUCGGCCGACGUUGUUAGAUUAAUUGAACAAUACCUUAAAGAAUGUAAUUUAGUAAAGUCUCUUCAGGUUCUGCAGGAAGAGACUGGAAUAUCGCUUAAUACAGUUGAUUCAGUUGAAGGAUUUAUGACUGAAAUCACCAGUGGUCAUUGGGAUACUGUACUGCAGGUUGUACAGAAUCUGAAACUUCCUGAUCAUAAACUUAUGGAUCUCUACGAACAGAUUGUGAUAGAACUAGUAGAGUUACGUGAAUUAGGAGCUGCUCGGACUCUUCUACGUCAAACUGAUCCUAUGAUAGCUUUGAAACAAGCUUAUCCUGAAAGGCAUGCACACUUGGAAAACUUGUUGGCGCGAUCCUACUUUGACCCACGUGAAGCAUAUUUAGAGGGACAGUCCAAAGAAAAGCGUCGUCAAGCUAUAGCUGCUUCACUCUCCGGAGAAGUUAAUGUUGUCGCACCUUCACGUCUUCGAGCACUGUUAAGUCAAGCUUUGAAAUGGCAACAGCAUCAAGGCUUACUUCCUCCUGGUACAGCUAUUGAUGUCUUCCGGGGUAAGGCAGCUUUAAAAGAACUAGAAGAUGAAAAGCCACCCGCUACAGUCUCUGUGACUAUCAGAGUUGGUCAAAAAUGCCAUGUGGAGUGUGCAAAAUUCAGUCCAGAUGGACAGUUUCUAGUUUCUGGAUCGUUGGAUGGUUUUAUUGAAGUAUGGAAUUUUAUAACUGGUAAAUUGAGAAAAGAUCUAAAGUAUCAAGCACAGGAUACAUUUAUGAUGUUAGAAAGCAGUGUACUAUGUCUUGCAUUUAGUCGUGAUUCAGAAAUCCUAGCAGCUGGUUCAAGCGAUGGCCUAGUGAAAAUAUGGCGUAUUCAGUAUGGACAGUGUAUUCGUAAAAUAGAAAAAGCCCAUCAAAAAGGAGUGACUGCUAUUCAAUUUUCUAGAGACAAUACAGCUGUGUUGACUGGUAGUUUUGAUCAUUUAAUCAGAACUUAUGCAAUUAAAUCUGGUAAAAUGUUACGUGAAUUUACUGGUCAUACUGGAGUUGUCAAUUGUCUUGUCUUCUUACCAGAUGGUGAUCAUUUCCUUAGUGGUAGUUCAGAUGGAUCUGUACGAAUAUGGUCAUAUCGUAGUGGUGAAUGUAUAAAUAGUUUCAAGACUGUUUCCAGUUUACUUGGUCGUGAAGUGGCUAUUCAUUCCAUUCAUCUAUUUCCCCAAGAUCCAGAUCAUUUUCUUGUUGGAAGUCGUUCUAAUACAGUUGCUGUCAUGAAUAUUCAAGGCCAGGUUGUACAAAGUUUUACAAACGGUAAACGUGAAGGUGGUGAAUUUGUUGAAUGUAUACUGAGUGGACGAGGUGAAUGGAUAUAUUGUGUUGCUGAAGAUCAAUCAUUGUAUUGUUUCAGUGUAUUAAACGGUGGUAAACUAGAGCAAACAUUGCAUGUUCACGAUAAAAGUAUCAUUGGUUGCUGUCAUCAUCCUCAUCAAAAUUUAAUAGCAACAUAUGCAGAAGACGGUUUGUUAAAGCUUUGGAAACCAUAA